CAACAACCUCGCUACCAGUUACUUAAAAAGUCUUCCCCUUUUCUAUAAUCACCUCACUCAACGACAUCCAUUUUACGAUCAAUUUACUACAACACAACGGAAUAUCGUCAUAAUUCAGAAAUGUCGGGUCUAGGGGAACGGCUGCUACAGCUAGACAUGGCUGUGACCCAGAAUGGGACACCAGCCACGCCGCAUCUCCGUCAAGCUCGGAUCAAACGGAAAAACACGCCUACAGAUAUCAGCCAUUUGGUGUACGGUCCGCAACCUGGCAAAAAACACCAGCUAUGGAUCACAGACCGUAUCAUGGAACCUCAGACAGUUCCUCACUUUUUUGAGUUUCUCAUGACUGGAGAACUUCCUGGGGAUCGAAAGACGUCUCGCCCGCUGCUUAUGGUUGAAGAGGUCAAGAACCUUACUAGACCAGCUUCGGAAUGGGCACCUGCUCCACUUAAUCGACAGGCUAGAUCGACUGGGGAAUGGAUCGGUAUACGGAUUGGUUCAUAUGAAGACAGUUCGCGACUCUGGCCAAUUGCCAAAGAGCUUCAUGCCAUGAAGUCGAGGCUUUGGGAGGGGCUGCCACCGUUAUCCGAGAGACGAUGGCAAGAGUUGGGGCUUGAUCACCCGGACAGAUUCUCCGAGGCUUGUCGUUACUUUGUGGCGGUUAUCAAUGUCUUUAUCUACUUGAACACCAAGCGUACCAAGGCGGCUUUACGAAAGACUUAUAACCUGAUAUGGGAUCAUCUCCAGGUCUUCGAGCAGGCGAUCAACGCGAAGAGAAGAGCGGAGGCGGAAGACGGCGUGUACGAGCAUGUAUCAGUCACUGGUCUUUGGUAUCAGUUCAUCAGAGCACAAUACGACUCCAUCUGUGAGAAUGCGCAUCACUGGAUCAUAGAGCAUAUUGAUCGCAUCCGAGAAUCAAUUGUGCAAGAGCUCGCACUGCACCAACCCGAUAAUCCGGAUCACUACAGCGACAAGCAAUGGGAAUUAACGAACAAGCUUCACGAUCUUGCCGAAAACACGUCUCAAGCUGAUUAUACCAUCAUGAUGCCCACGGAUGGAUAUAAAGGCGACAGUCUUCCAGUAAAAGAAGAUGAUCGACUUACAGAAGCUCAUGGAGGUGGUUUUCGCACAGAACCUAUCAGGUGGUCUGCGAAUUUGGCAUGGCGAGCUUCUGACUACACCAAGCGGGUUAGGUAUCUCGACAGGAAAGAGAUGUACAGUCAUUUCGAGCGAGAGGACUUCAGACAAUUUCGAAGCUCUGUUGGCGUCACUGACCCAGCGGUUAUGGUUAUCUCGGCGAUCAGUCAGAUCGAUGCACAGUCUAUGGCUAGGGAAGAGCUACGAGGUCUUCCGGAUCAUCCAGACUUUGAGCCGUGGAUUGAGUAUGCUCGACGAAAGUCGAACAAACGUUUGGGCUUUAUGGCAUAUCGGCUUUGUCAUGGAUAUAGUCCUGAGAAGUGGGAUUUGUUUAAGAUAAAGUUCGAGGCUGACAUUUCGGAUUGGGGACGAGGUACAGUGGGCAUCAACGAUAUACGGAAAGCGUGCAAGAUCCAUUGGAUUGAUGGUCAGGAAAAGGAUAUUGCAGAUGAUGAUAUCGAAGCUGCGAGGAAGCAUUUCGAAACCUUGUCGGAUGACUCGGUACACGACAGGGUAUUCUUGGUUGUCGACGAAGCGACCAUGAAAUCAUAUCUCGAACCAGAGCCUGGUAAAGAGAAAUUCGUUGUCGCCGUUGACAAGAAGUACAAACCAACCGACGAAGAGAACGUCGAGUCACCAGGCUACAAGGGAACUUUGCGAAUACUGGGUAGUCUUUUGUGGGAUGAACUAGGCGCUCUACUGGUCAUGCAAAGCGCUUUUCUCGAGAAUCUUUGGCCGAUGGCGAUGCAUGACCCUGAAAGUACCUAUCGCGGUAUCAGGGUUACAUCAGUGCUCAAGUUCUCAUCUUAUCAAGAGAAUUUGAACUGGAGGCUUGCGAAUGAGAUUGUUCCCAAGUUGGUGGCUUUCAGGAGACGACUUGAAUUCAGAUCUAGGAGAUAGCAUGGUGAUGUUGGAUAACUAUGAGUGCUCCCAGCACCUAAUGCCUGCCAGCCUUUUUGGCGUCUAUCUGAGCUUUGAUAAUCUGCUUCUUCCAAUUGAAGCACUUGAUCCAAGCUAAAUUUCCUGGUCAGAAUUAUAUCUUCGGAAAGGAACCGCCGUGACUUACUGGCGCUGCUAUGUUCCUGGCAGAGAGAAACCCCUUCGUCGUUGAUGGAAACAGGUGGACAUUCGAUAGCCUCACGAUCUAUGGUGUCAAACUAUAUUGAAAGACAUUGUCAAUAAUCAGUGGAAUGGCCCAAAAAGUCGCAAGCAGAUCUUCACGUACUCCGUAGAAGCCAUCGUUCUCCUCGCGUAA